UUUUUUUUUUAAAAAUACAAGUAUUUAUUUCUUCAUGAUCUUGCAUAUUUCUGAUAUUCGUUCUUUACUUUCUCAUAUCUCAGCAAUGAAUCGUGCAUCCAUCGAUUCUAUCGAAGAAAACGGACAUGGAAGUGAUUCGGACACGAAUUCAGAGGACGCGUUGGAAUAUUACCAGCCGAUAUCUUCGGUAGACGACGACGGAAGCUCAGACGGAGAGCACGGCGUUGAGUUGCAGCAGCUUCCGAACGGGUACGGUCUGCACGGUGGAGCGGCGAACGGGAUCUCGAUGCUGGAUCUGAACGACGGUGUAGAACAGAAAAGCAGCGACGAGGAAGAGGUGGAGGAAAGGAGUGGAGAAGUGUUUGAAAAUGAGAUUCGGAGGGCGUUGAGGGAAGAUGAGAAUAGAAGGGCCGCGCCGCUGACGACGGAGAACACGGCGAGGGUGAUGGAGGCGAUGCGUGGCAUUUCGUUUGUCGGGGAGGUUCCUCAAUGGGCUUCGCAAGUUCCGGAGGAUCGUUGGAUUGAUCAGAUUCGGAGACGGAGACAAUCAUCAAACACUUGAAGAAAAAAUUUGUUAUGCAAAUUCAUGCUUCUUUUUUUUUUUUCUUCUUCAUUUCAAUUAUGAGUUGUCUUCUUUAAACUUGUUAUUACUCGUUUCAAAAUUAAUAUUUUUUAGAAGAUGCUUAAACUGA